AUGGGCGACGUAGGUGAUGACUUUACGGAUUCUGCUGAAGAGUGGGAGGCACCAGUGAAUGUUACCGCCAAUGAGGAUGAUAACAAGAACAACAAGAACACCAACGCUAGCAAUAAGAGCAAGGAGUUAGUGGAGCAGCUGCUGGGCGAAGAUCGGGAGUUGGCCGGUGAAAUGGUGCGGGUGGUCUUUCACCUGCCGGAUGGCCGGAGUGUAACGCGGGAACAUUUCACAGGUGAGACGAUUGCGUGUUUGAAGGCGCAGUUGGAGGAGUGCGAUGGUCUCGCGUACGACAAGACAACACUUUUUAUUGGCGAUCGGGCGCUGUUGGAUCCACUUUCACUGGACGAUCUCCCCUUCACCGUCGGCGUCGAUAAUAACGUUACCGUGCGGAUCACAGAGUAA